AUGCCUUUUGGGAGCUUCUCAGCGCAGCAAGCUGCGGCACAGCAACUCGCUGCGCAGCAGAUUGCGGCUCUCCCAUACCUUGCCUCCCUUGCAUCUCUCGGCCCGCCUCCGUCGCUCUUGACCGGACUGGAAAAGCCCAACUUGACAGCCAAUAUCCGCCGGCCAGCGGUCCCGAAGCCCACGCUGCCUAAUGCUGGUGCCCAGCUGGCAUAUGAGGAGUGGAUUGAGUGGCGAAAGGCCAACGAACCAGGAUAUGCCGUUGAAUGCAAGGCCCGACAGCAGCGGAGAUCUCAAAGAGUCAAGGGCCCCAAAGAAGGCGGCGGAGAUAAGCCCGCGGAAUCCUGCCUGGCACCAGUCACAGCCGUAGCUGCUUCAUGA